AUGUACGAUAUCUUACAAGCACUGAAUCAAUAUCCUUUUCAUUCUCCCAUUCCAGGAUUAAGUCGUCGAGGAGUGAAUGCUGGACCGCCCCUGAGCUUGCCAUCUACACUGGAGGACUCUACGAAUAAUUGGAAAGGAACGCCUACGGGUCCUGCCGAUCCAUCACAGCAAGCCGGUGGACCCGGAGGAGCUGGUGGCCCGGGUGGCCCGGGUGGUGGUGGAGGUCCCGGAGGUGGCGGAGGGCCCGGCGGUCAGGGCGGUGGAGUUAAUAGCUUUGGUGGACCGGCAGGCGGGAAUAACUUCGGCGGGCCGGUGUUUCCCGCCGCUGGCCAGGGUUCUCCUGCGGGAGGAUCCGCGGCAAACAAUUACCAAAAUGUUCCUCCGGGAACCGGCUCAAAUACCCCGCAGUACACGGCAUCGCCGGCCCCUUCGGGCUCGAGUACGCCGGGUCCUGGACCUCCACAAAACGUAGGUUCAGGUUUUCCUCCUCCAAAUGCUGGCGCGGGUGGGCCGGGUCCGUAUAACGGGCCCGGAGGCGGUCCCGUUGCUGGUGGUCCCUUUGGUUCGCCGUCCGCAAAUGGUCCUCAAUUUGGCCGACCGGGUAGUUCCGGGUCGGCGUUUGGUAGUGGGCCUCACUUUACGUCUCCUGGAGGACCGGGAAGUUUCGGUGGGCCCCAGUUUGGGAUGCCACCGGGGUCCCCGUUUGGGCAUGGACCCAAUGGUCCCAACAUGGGUGGGCCAAUGAAUCAAGGACACAUGAUGAGUGGUCCGCAGCCAGUAGAACGAAUGGAUCAGAGGUUUCCUUACAGUCAAUUGAAUGUUCCCAGAAGGCAUGCAUACUUCGGACAACCUGACUAUAGAAUAUAUGAACUUAAUAAGCGAUUACAGCAAAGAACUGAAGAAAGUGAUAACUGUUGGUGGGACUCGUUUGCCAACGAGUUCUUCGAGGAUGAUGCAACCCUAACACUAACAUUUUGCUUGGAAGAUGGACCAAAAAGAUAUACUAUAGGACGCACACUAAUUCCGCGGUAUUUCCGAAGUAUCUUCGAAGGCGGAGUGACGGAACUGUACUUUAACCUGCGGCACUCAAAGGAAUCCUUCCACAAUACAUCCAUUACGCUAGAUUGUGAUCAAUGCACAAUGGAGGCGUUACACGGGAAGCCUAUGUACACGAAGGUGAUAACCGAAGGUCGACUAAUACUGGAGUUCACGUUCGACGAUCUGAUGAGGAUAAAGUCGUGGCACUUCGCGGUGCGGGCCCACCGGGAGCUGAUACCACGAUCGGUGGUCGCCAUGCACACCCAACAGCCGGAUCCGACCAUGCUGGAACAGUUGACCAAGAACAUCACCCGGCAAGGGAUCACCAAUUCGACACUAAAUUAUCUGCGCCUAUGUGUGAUACUAGAACCUAUGCAAGAGUUAAUGUCCAGACACAAAGCGUACGCGCUCAGCCCGCGGGAUUGUCUUAAAACGACGCUUUUCCAAAAGUGGCAACGGAUGGUGGCACCUCCUGAUGCGCAAAGGCCGGCCAACAAACGAAGAAAACGCAAGGGAUCCAGUUCCGGUGCAGGAGUAGGAAAUGCGGGGCCUCCAGUGCCUAGCAAGAAACGAUCUCCGGGACCGAACUUUCCGCUAGCCUCUCAGGUGGACGUGAUGGUGGUGGGAGAACCCUCGCUAAUGGGUGGUGAAUUCGGCGACGAGGAUGAGAGGUUGAUUACCAGGCUGGAAAAUACGCAGUACGAUGCGGCCAAUUCGCUCGAACACGACAGCCACAACGCAUUUGGGGGUCACAAUGAUUCUCCGAUGACGGGAGGAGGUCCUGGAGGUCCUAACGCGUGGCAGGUAGAUCGAGGUGGUGGUCCGGGAGGACCCAACAACAGUGGUGGUCCGGCAAGUCAAGAUUCCGACAAGAAGAGUCCGUCGGUGUCCCAGUGACAGUUGUAAUAUUAUAGGGUGAAGGAGGAAAACCAGUAGAAAGCCGUCGCUUAACUUCUGCUGGUCAAGUUCUACCAACUUUAAGGAAAGUUCCCUUCCCUCCGAGCCCUAUUGAAACACAUGUUGAGAAAAUACCAAUUCUUAACGAAAGACGGCACGUACCACCAAGGAACAGCUACCAAUAAAAAUCUACCAUUCAUCCUGAAGCUGUAAAAAUGUUACACAAAACACAUAUGCACACAUAAUGCCACGGCCAGAUGCAGAGACGCGCCAGGAGAGUGACUGUAUUGUGGCCAGUGUGGUGGACCUGCUAGGACGGAUGCAUUGUCCGGUAUCCGGACGAUCCCGGCCAACAAUGGUCCAAUCGCUCAGCCCUGCAGAAUCUGCAUUCAGUUACAACUGAAUUGCAUUUCAACUUUCUUGCGGGUCUACAAGAUUUCCUAGUGUUUAAAACGUACAAGUUAGAAACCUAUGGUCACGAAAUACUUAAUACCGUAUUCUAGAAAUUGGCACCAAGUGGAUCUGUAAAAAUAGAAAAACAAAAUAUAACAUCAAUUGCGACCCAAAAAAAAAAACAAAAUAAACAAACACGAUCAAAGAUUUUUAUAAAAAGAAAUCACGACAAUUACAAAGGCAUUAAGAAAGAAGUAUUUGGGCAGAGCCACACUGAAACUAACCCAGCAAAACUAUUAAUUACGGAAUUUAUCUGGGAAAUAAAAUUACUGGAAAAAAAACUGCACGGCAAGAACCGAUAACAAGAAUAGAAACCGGAAUGGAAGCGAAAGUUUUCAAAACGGAAAUAUUGCAAUAUAGGAUAUCGUAAAUGGAAGACGAAUGAAUUUUAAUUUGGUUACAAAAAACACAGGACGGUUCUUGUUGAAAAAAUAGCUCGGUUUAUGCUGCAAGUAAAGCAAGCGCAAAAGCUACAAAUAAAUAACAUUAAUUGAAGUGAAUAAAAUGGGGUAAUGUUUAGUAUCGGUUGCAGCAGAUUUAAGAUGGUGAGGUUGGGACGAGUGUGUGAUUGUACUAGCGGAAGAAUGUAGAAAGGGAACGUGAGCGAGGAUUAUCGAUAUAAAAUAAAACAAAAUCUUUUACAAUUACAUGUAAAUGAUUCACGGGCGGUGUAAAUGUGGGAAUGUAAUAGUUUUCAGUUAGUUUAACUUUUUCCUCGUGAAAAUGGAUGUAGAGUGAGAGUAAACAAACAGUGGAUGGAAAGUUUAGUUUUCUUUGAACAAUUAUUUAUUUGCAUAAAAUCUGAACCCAAUUCUACCUACGGUUAUGAAGCAACAUCAUCAACAAGAAGAUAGAAAUCGAUCGCGGUGUUACCGAUCUACUCUCGAAAGUGUAAAGAUUUUCGUUGCUCUAGGAUGGAACUUUCUUCUGAAACAUUUGUUUUGAAAAUGAUCAAUACUCAGCGGAGAAAUAGGGCCCUAUUACAUAAGACGAGUCCCGAGUCAUUUUACUCGAGUGAGCCAUUUUGGUAUUACAGAAGUCGAGUCGAGUCGAAUUUCAGUCGAGUAGCUUGACUGAGUCGACUGCUUGAAAGUUCGUGACUCAGCUGUCACGAUUUACCGAGCCAAGUUUGCUUUGUUCCGUUUUUUUAAUUCGAUCAGUUUCACUCGACUACCGUAAUACUAAAUUUUGCUGGAUUCGAUAGUGACUGGAGUCGAUUCGAGUUACUCGACUCGUUUUAUGUAAUAGGGCCCAUAAUCUUUCCUUCCUCAACAAGCUCGCAAAUAAAAAUCUUUCAGUUAAUUUCUCACAAGUUUAAAAUUUAAAUAAAAAACCAAUGCAUUUUCUAAUUUCCUAUAAUUUUGAUCUAAAAUUUAGGACUACCCCUCAUAAAAUUCUGCAAUUGAACUGAGUUAUUUGAUUAAAAUUGAAAGUAAUCAAAGUAGGUAAACAUGAGUUUUUUUUAAAUAAUUUUGAAAGGAACACAUAACGUAAUUUGUUGUACUGUAAGUAAUCAACAGUGCUAAGUUCCUCUUCUAGGUCAAAUGGUAUAUCCUUGAAACCGAGAAAAUAUUUCCCACAUUAUGUUUUAAGUCUUCAUGAGCGUCGAAUGUGUUUAAAAUAAAAUUCAAUGUUUUUUACAAAUGGUUUUAUUAAGGCAUUUUACUUUUAAAGUUUUUAGGUGUCGGGAGUUUUUUUUCCUAAUUCAAAUCUUAAAAUGAUUUUUUUUGUAUUUUUAAAUAAAUUGCUAAAAAAUUGGUAAUUCUCAUAUUGUAAUUUAAAUAUAUUUUUUUUCAUAUUUCAACUACCGUUGACCUUGUUGAGUAUAACAUGGUAAGUUGAGUAUAACAUGUUGAGUAUAACAUGGUGAACUAAGGCUGUUUGAGUAUUGUAUCGUUUUCAAAACAUUGUAAUCGGAAAACCAUUUUGAACGCCCUUUUAACGAAUGGCGAUAUUUAAAAUCCACCUGCGACACACUUGUAAAAUACAAAAUAAGAUCACACGAAAAAACACACACACCCAAAACACAAAACAUUGUAUUUCUCUAAUGUAAUCGAAACUUUAAACCAACUGAAUCACAAAAUGUAUAGUAAACAAAACGUGACAUGGAAUUCCAUAGGCAAGGAUAACGGAUAUACUUGAAAUGCAACACAUGCACAUCUAAACCAAUAGACAAUUUUUUCUUCUCGGCCAGCAGAUGUCACUGACAAAAAAAAUGUUGGGCUGUUAGCAGUCUCGGAACAGGAAUUUAAAGGAAGAAAGCAAAACACAACUACUACAUCCAGCGUACAGAGAACAAAAAAGAAAUCGGAUUCUAGCCGAUACCGAAAGUACUAGUGUAUCUUACAAAUCUAGUAUUUUAAUGUAUUAAAAAUAGGAAAAUUAAAAAUAUUCUCUAAAAAAGGAAUGGUAAACCAAGUUAAAAUAAUUGCGUUUUUGAAACAACAGAACGGAACCCAGCAACCGAUUAAAGGAAGUAAAUUAUUUUAAUCAUGAAUCUCUUUUUAACAAAAUUCAGCAAAAGGAAAAUAACCACCCUAAACAAGUCAAACAAGAACCUUUUCAAACCAUUGAUAGAAGAAAAAACACGAAAGAACUAAACUAAAGCCUGUACAUUGUCGAAAACAAAUUCAACCGUAUAAAAAUUAACAAAACACGAUAGAUCGCAUCAAUGGGAAAGAAUAUCUCGUAGCUAUCAGGAUGUCGACAGCAGAACAAAAAGAAAACCGAAAAAUUGAUUCAAAUAAGAUCCGCGCAACGCGGAAAGUAAUUCGAAAAAGAGAUACUUGAAUAAAAAAAAACCAGAAGGGUGCCGAAAAUUACCACAUUUUUUUUACAAAAUCGGCUGAAAACAUAGAAAAUCAAAUCCAGCACACAGUGAACAGAAUGCUGCGAGGAGUUUGGAGAAAUGAAGAAAAAAAAACAUCGUCAGUAUUUGUUAUAUAAACAAUCAUUAAGAAGAAAAAGAGUGAUCAUUAAGGAAAAUCAUUAUUUUUACGUGUAUAUCUUAUUAUUAUUAUUGUAAUUUAAAGAAAAAAGAAAUAACAGAAAAGUGUUAGUAAAUCAUAAUUUUACGCGAAAAAAAUGAACAUCCAAAUUUAA